GAUACAGCCCGGGAUCGAACCUGGGUCUGCAGUGACACCUCUAGCACUGCGAUGCAGUGCCUUAGACCACUGCGCCACUCGGAAGGCCUGAGGAGUUUUUCUGUCUGUAAAAAAGGCCUUUUGUGGGGAAAAACUCAUUCUGAUUGGCUGGGCCUGGCUCCCCAGUGUGUGGGCCUGGCUCCCAAGUCGGUGGGCCUAUGCCCUCCAAGGCCCACCCAUGGCUGCGCCCCUGCCUAGUCAUGUGAAACCCAUAGAUUAGGGCCUAAUUAAUUUAUUUCAAAUGACUGAUUUCCUUAUAUGAAUUAUAACUCAGUAAAGUAGUUGACAUUUCUGCAUGUUGCAUUUAGACAUGGUUUUAGUCAUUUCAAUGUAGAUUGGUUUUGAAACUCAAACCACCCGCAGGUUGUAUGUUUGACACCUCUGGUAUAGAACAAUAUGUUUGACACCUCUGGUAUAGAACAAUAUGUUUGACACCUCUGGUAUAGAACAAUAUGUUUGACACCUCUGGUAUAGAACAAUAUGUUUGACACCUCUGGUAUAGAACAAUAUGUUUGACACCUCUGGUAUAGAACAAUAUGUUUGACACCUCUGGUAUAGAACAAUAUGUUUGACACAUCUGGUAUAGAACAAUAUGCUUGACACCUCUGGUAUAGAACAAUAUGUUGAUUAUAUACAAUAUAUAGAAUAUUCCUCAAUAUUAUAUGUUGACUAAAGCGAAGCCCUGGUGGUGUGUUUGCCAGAUCAGUGAGGACUCCAGGCUGUCUGGGGGUGGAUCCUCCUCCUCCUCCUCCUCUGUCGCUGCCGCCUCUUCUUCCUCCUCCUCCUCCUCUUCCUCUCUCCUCUGCUCAGCCCCAGCCCCAGCCUGCUCCAGCCAAGGUAAUCAUGUAUGUAUCAGGCUGCUGGUUGGGACCUGCUCUACUUUACACGCUCUAGCUCUCUCAACACUUCUCUCUGUCUCAGCAGCUCUGCAGCAGUCAGGGUGAAAGGUAGACUCAGCGAAAUGACGUUGCCUCAAGCAGCACUGCAGAUAUUGCGAUGAGCGAGACGCAAGACUUCAGCUGUCAGACAGUCACACACGGUAUCUGCGCAUGUGCACAGGGUUGCUUCAUGUUGUUUCAGCUUGGUAGCAACAGGACCAAAACAGCGGAGAGGUUUAGCCUCGCGCUUCGAUGCUCUUAAGCCGGGUGUACACUACACGGUUUAGCUGGUCCCAGACAAGUUUUUGAGAUCGGAGACAAAAUCCCCAUGUCAUUGCCUACUCGGGGCGCGCGGCCGUCACCGACGCUCGUUUUAAAUGUGAGCGGGUCAGAGACGCAAUCUGAGGGCUAGCGAUCUGAGGGCUAGCGGUCUCGUCUUUGAUCGGUCCCAGACGUCCCACUAUUUUCAAACAUGUAUGAUUUUUAUCGGCACAAAAUCUGCAACGCUCUUGUAGUGUGAGAUGUGUGCAACGACAAGUUUUGAGAACGGUGAUGAGCAAUAGCCAAUGAGAGCUUCGCCAGAGAAGAAGCCAGUGAGAUGAUGAUGAUGAUGACGAUGUUUUGCAUCACCCAGGAUGUGUGGACUCUCGAGAAGGAGCCAUGACUUUCUAGUAUGCGUUUGUACUUGCCUUUAACCAACGCCAAAGUGUCAAAUCGUUACAGCUCUGAAGUUCACAAGCGAUGUUAUUCAAUUCAAAAUGUUGGCUAGAUAUUUCAACUCUGUAUGGCAGGCGUGAUUGUCUGACUGAAAAUGUUUGAGGCUGCUUUGAGCCACAGCUCGUUGUAGCUACGUUAAAUCUAAUCACAUCAUCACAUCAUUGUUUUGGCGAGACAGCGUGGUAUGGAGAAUCCUCAAGAACAAGUGAAUAAUCUUGUGGUCUGUGACCCCCCCGUCUGUGACCCCCCGUCUGUGACCCCCGUCUGUUCCACAUCGUUUAGUGUGGGCACCACCACGUUGGCAAGACAACACAACAGGAAAGACGGUGGUUUUAAUGUGAGAGGUUAGCGAUGUUAGGAUUUUGAAAGUCAUGUAGCGUAAAUCCGGCUUUAGUUGUUGCGGAAAUUGACCCACUAUGCUGUUUACUUUGUGCAUCUACAUCAUAUCGCUGAGUCCACCUUUAACAUUCAUGCCUUGUUGAGCGUUGAACUAAAAGGUUUACUGUGGUUGGCUGCUAUACAGAUAUGCAUCACUAAUCCCCCUGAGACGCACAGCUCCUAAUAAUACUACUAAUAAUACAUCACUAAUCCCCCUGAGACGCACAGCUCCUACUAAUACUACUAAUAAUACAUCACUAAUCCCCCUGAGACGCACAGCUCCUACUAAUACUACUAAUAAUACAUCACUAAUCCCCCUGAGACGCACAGCUCCUACUAAUACUACUAAUAAUACAUCACUAAUCCCCCUGAGAUGCACAGCUCCUACUAAAUACUACUAAUAAUACAUCACUAAUCCCCCUGAGAACGCACAGCUACCUACUAAUACUAUAAUAAUACAUCAUAAUCCCCCUGAGACGCACAGCUCCUACUAAUACUACUAAUAAUACAUCACUAAUCCCCCUGAGACGCACAGCUCCUACUAAUACUACUAAUAAUACAUCACUAAUCCCCCCUGAGACGCACAGCUCCUACUAAUACCUACUAAUAAUACAUCACUAAUCCCCCUGAGACGCACAGCUCCUACUAAUACUACUAAUAAUACAUCACUAAUCCCCCUGAGACGCACAGCUCCUACUAAUACUACUAAUAAUACAUCACUAAUCCCCCUGAGAUGCACAGCUCCUACUAAUACUACUAAUAAUACAUCACUAAUCCCCCUGAGACGCACAGCUCCUACUAAUACUACUAAUAAUACAUCACUAAUCCCCCUGAGACGCACAGCUCCUACUAAUACUACUAAUAAUACAUCACUAAUCCCCUGAGAUGCCACAGCUCCUACUAAUACUACUAAUAAUACAUCACUAAUCCCCCUGAGACGCACAGCUCCUACUAAUACUACUAAUAAUACAUCACUAAUCCCCCUGAGACGCAACAGCUCCUACUAAUACUACUAAUAAUACAUCACUAAUCCCCCUGAGACGCACAGCUCCUACUAAUACUACUAAUAAUACAUCACUAAUCCCCCUGAGACGCACAGCUCCUACUAAUACUACUAAUAAUACAUCACUAAUCCCCCUGAGACGCACAGCUCCUACUAAUACUACUAAUAAUACAUCACUAAUCCCCCUGAGACGCACAGCUCCUACUAAUACUACUAAUAAUACAUCACUAAUCCCCUGAGACGCACAGCUCCUACUAAUACUACUAAUAAUACAUCACUAAUCCCCCUGAGACGCACAGCUCCUACUAAUACUACUAAUAAUACAUCACUAAUCCCCCUGAGACGCACAGCUCCUACUAAUACUACUAAUAAUACAUCACUAAUCCCCCUGAGACGCACAGCUCCUACUAAUACUACUAAUAAUGCAUCACUAAUCCCCCUGAGACGCCACAGCUCCUACUAAUACUACUAAUAAUGCAUCACUAAUCCCCCUGAGACGCACAGCUCCUACUAAUACUACUAAUAAUUAAUCACUAAUACCCUGAGACGCACAGCUCCUACAAUACUACUAAUAAUGCAUCACUAAUCCCCCUGAGACGCACAGCUCCUACUAAUACUACUAAUAAUGCAUCACUAAUCCCCCUGAGACGCACAGCUCCUACUAAUACUACUAAUAAUACAUCACUAAUCCCCCUGAGACGCACAGCUCUAAUAAUACUACUAAUAAUACAUCACUAAUCCCACUGAGACGCAAGCUCCUACUAAUACUACUAAUAAUACAUCACUAAUCCCCCUGAGACGCACAGCUCCUACUAAUACUACUAAUAAUACAUCACUAAUCCCCCUGAGACGCACAGCUCCUACUAAUACUACUAAUAAUACAUCACUAAUCCCCCUGAGACGCACAGCUCCUACUAAUACUACUAAUAAUACAUCACUAAUUCCCCCUGAGACGCACGAGAACCCACAGCUCCUACUAAUACUACUAUAAUACAUCACUAUUCCCCCUGAGACGCACAGCUCCUACUAAUACUACUAAUAAUACAUCACUAAUCCCCCUGAGACGCACAGCUCCUACUAAUACUACUAAUAAUACAUCUCUAAUCCACAGUACUGUUGUAACUCUCACCACUGUGAUAUACAGUGUGCUUUAACAGUGACAUAUCGUCAGACUGAACACACUUUGAAGCAUAGCAGUAUACAUUUCAGAUCACUAUUUUUAUUUUUUUUUGUUCCAGAAGUGAUAUGUGAAGAAGCCGCCUUUGUUACCCCUACGAUAUUGACUCCUGUGGAUUUUAUUGCACUUGAUACCCAGCGAUGCUAUGAUGAUGUGAACGCUCUGCCUUGUGAGAAACAACUACAGGUGAGUCUUUCAUCUGAUCACACAAAGAAACAUCAUUUUUAUUAUGACAUUUCCACUAUUUAUUUUGUAAUAUGGAAUCGGGCUGCAAGAAAAAAAAAAAUGUCUGUGUGAACGUACCGUUUAAAAAAUAUAUUAUAGUGAUUCUUAAAACAAAUAAAAUAGCAUUCAUUACAUACUGUGUGUAAAAUUUUCCAAAAAAACGACCUGAACUCAGGGUUAGACGUAACAUACUAAACGAAAAUCCGGAAUACUGAAAUUCGUAUGAUAUGUUACGUUUGGUACGGUAUGUAUACAUUUGUGGAUGUCCAUUAUCCAUUUCGUAUGAUUUAACAAAUGAUAAUUCGUAUGAUAUGUUACGAAUUGCAAUUUGUGCAAUAUGUUACAAUUUGCAAUACCUAUGAUAUUUUACGAAUUCAAAUUUGUUAGCUAGGUGGCCAAUGUUAGCUAGCUGGCUAAUGUUAGCAAGGCUAGGGAUUAAGGUUAAAGGGUAAAGGUUAACAUUAUGGGAAGGGUUAGCUAACAUUUUACAUUUUUAGUCAUUUAGCAGACGCUCUUAUCCAGAGCGACUUACAGUUAGUGAGUGCAUACAUUGCUCGUGGAGAGGGUGCUAUUCACCACGGAGUGGGACAGUUCCCAGAGCAAAACUGCAGAUAGCAGAAGGCCAGCUACUGGGAAAGAAUACUGGUGGGUCUCAAAGAGGCCACACUCUCCUUGGAGGACAGCAAACGGCUAACUCUUCACCUGGUCAUGGUGUGGUUCCAAUGGAUAAUGCGUCACCUACAGCUAGAGUUGUGGCAUCAGAGAGGAGAAGCCAGCUGGCCAGGCACAGUGGAUGACAUCCUUUUCUUGCACAGCAAUGUGAAGGAAUCCCAGUGAUCAAUGGACUGUUUUUGAAAUUAUUGUUGUAGUAGCUUUAUUUGUUGUCUGUCAUUCAUAGGCCAUACGCAGGCCAGAGGCCUAAACCGUGGUCCUCUGUAGCUCAGCUGGUAGAGCACGGCGCUUGUAACGCCAGGGGUAGUGGGUUCGAUCCCCGGGACCACCCCAUACGUAAAAAAUGUAUGCACACGUGACUGUAAGUCGCUUCGGAUAAAAGCGUCUGCUAAAUGGCAUAUUAAUUGUCUUUUGUGGUUGCAUGUUCAGUGGAGCCACAUCUUAAAUGUUGUGUUAUGUGUGUGUUCCAGGUUACCAGCCACCAGCCUGACGAUGAUUCUGGUUCUGUUGAACGCUCCAGGACCCAACAGAACCAGAACCGUAGGAACAGUGGGUAUGUUGUGAAGCGCGCAGCUGUAAACGUCAUUUACACUUGACACGGAAAUAAACCAUUUCAUUCAAUCAUUCGUUCAUCCAUUCAGUCAUUCAUUCAUCCAUUCAUUCAUUCAUUCAUUCAUUCAUUCAUUUAAGCUGUGUUGUUUCUAUACUGUGUGUCUUCAUGUCUUCACUAAUGUGACAUGUAGUUAAAAUGGAGGCCAGUUUACAUGUAGUUAAAAUGGAGGCCAGUUUACAUGUAGUUAAAAUGGAGGCCAGUUUUAUACACUAACCAGUCAGGAGGAGGCGCUAGAUCCCUCCAGAAAUAUCUGCAGACAGUUGAGGAAACGUCAACCCUGUGACAUGAGGUAUCAUAUUACUGUGUCAGUACUGUUUUAAUAUAAAUUAAUCACAUUUUCAUUGGAAAAUGCUUCUUUUUUUAUUUAUUUUUUAUACACAACAUUCCAGUCCAAACCACACAUAUGUUCCCCUCUUUCACCUUCUGCUGCUAUUGUUGUUCCACUACUGUUUUAUCAUGAGUUAUUCUGGAAGAUCUAACCAGGUGUGUGUUUCCUGUGUCCCAGCUGCUGCUGCUGCUCUGUGGGGGAGAGAGAGGAGAGCAGCACUAACCUGAGGACCUCUGUGCUCCCCCUCUACCUCCUCUCCUGUCCAUCCUUCACCUCCCUGCUGUCUGCCCGCAUCACCAGAGCCCUGGGAGAGGAGGACAGGAGGCCCAGCGGACUCAGAGAUCUUCCCAGCCAGGAAGGCACCGAUCUGGGCAGCCCCAGCCCAAGUCCCAGCCCCUCCUCUGGAGACGGAUACUUUGAGAUGGGUCUGGGGGAGGUAGAGAAGGAGAGGGAGGGAGAGGAGGGGUCCCUGACUGACAAGGUGGAGGUAAAGGGAGAGAACCAGGCCCCAGAGACAGAGGUGUUACGUGUGACCAAAGUCAUGUGGUGCCACUGCAUCAGGGUUGGUGACGUGGUGGAGCAGAGGUCGGUGUGUGUGGUGCUAACAGAUAGUCUGCUGGUGUUGUUCCACUGUCCUAGUCAGCCCUCCACAGCGCCGACCCAUCAGCCCCAGAGCCAGCCUCAACACCUUGGCUCAGUCACAGACCAGACCCAGGGCCUGACCCUACAGGUCCUAGUAGAUAGCCUGGAGCCAGACCUUGUCCUUCCCUACGACCAGCUAGAUUCUCUCCUCUUCGACAUCCCAGACACUUGCCUUUCCCUGAGGGUGAGGUCCUCGGACGUCCGCUGGUACCUCUUCUCAGACCCCCAGGGUUUAAAGGAGACCCACUCCCUGCUCUGCUCCCUGGCCAAGCUCCCCUCCUCCUCCCCGUCAGGAGGUCCAUCCUCCCCCCAGCAGCUCCUCCAACUGCUCUUCACCUCCUGGGAGUUUGAGGAGAACCAGGACUGUGUGAAUGGAGGUUAUGCAGCACAUCUAGUGGAGACUGCCAUGUUGGCUCCCCAGACCAGACAGACCAGCCAGCAGACAACCUCCUCCACCAACCCAACUUUCACUCCUAUGAAGAACUCUACUAACCCCAACACCUCCACCCUCCAAACUCCAACCAACCCCCUUCUCUCUGACAUCCUAUCCCACGUAGUUCCAGGGGGGGAAAGUGGGGACUCCUCCUGCUGUGUCCCCUGUGUCCUGUUCCUGACCCAGCGCCAUCUCUGUGUGCUGAAGGUGGACUUCAAAGCUCUGGCCCGGGGAACCGCCAGAGAGGAACCAUCAGACAACCACAAUCAGAGGCUCCGCUCCUGCACCAGGCUCACCCGCAUCCCCCUGGCCUCCGUGCUGCCCCACCCCAGGCUGAGUGCCCUGUAUGGGGCUGGUGCUGGGUCUGUCCCUGCCUACUCUCCCCGCUGCCCCCUGCCCUGGCACCACCCCUACCCCAGAGACAGCCAUGUAAUGGAGCUCCUAGCAGGACAAGAGAGGGUCACGGCGGUGUUCCCCUUGCCUCACGACAGGCUCCGCUUCCAGAGACAGUUCACCCUGCUGCGCUCCGGCCUCAGAGACAUUAAGACUGUGGCUUUCCUGCAGGGUGGGAACGAACACAGCCACAGUGACAGGACGAUAAACAUAUCCACUCCCAAUAAGACGAAGAGCACAGACAGGCUGCAGGUUAACAGGUACAUACACACGGACACAUUACUGAAGGACAGACUGUCCCAUUACUGAAGGACAGACUGUCCCAUUACUGAAGGACAGACUGUCCCAUUACUGAAGGACAGACUGUCCCAUUACUGAAGGACAGACUGUCCCAUUACUGAAGGACAGACUGUCCCAUUACUGAAGUACAGACUGUCCCAUAACUGAAGGACAGACUGUCCCAUUACUGAAGGACAGACUGUCCCAUUACUGAAGGACAGACUGUCCCAUUACUGAAGGACAGACUGUCCCAUUACUGAAGGACAGACUGUCCCAUUACUGAAGGACAGACUGUCCCAUUACUGAAGGACAGACUGUCCCAUUACUGAAGGACAGACUGUCCCAUUACUGAAGGACAGACUGUCCCAUUACUGAAGGACAGACUGUCCCAUUACUGAAGGACAGACUGUCCCAUUACUGAAGAACACACUGUCCCAUUAAUGAAGAACACACUGUCCCAUUAAUGAAGGACAGACUGUCCCAUUAAUGAAGGACAGACUGUCCCAUUACUGAAGGACAGACUGUCCCAUUACUGAAGGACAGACUGUCCCAUUACUGAAGGACAGACUGUCCCAUUACUGAAGGACAGACUGUCCCAUUACUGAAGGACAGACUGUCCCAUUAAUGAAGGACAGACUGUCCCAUUAAUGAAGGACAGACUGUCCCAUUAAUGAAGGACAGACUGUCCCAUAACUGAAGGACAGACUGUCCUUCAACUGAAGGACAGACUGUCCCAUUAUUGAAGGAUAGACUGUCCCAUUAUUGAAGGACAGACUGUCCCAUUAAUGAAGGACAGACUGUCCCAUAACUGAAGGACAGACUGUCCCAUAACUGAAGGACAGACUGUACCAUUACUGAAGGACAGACUGUCCCAUUUUUUAUAGAAUAGAAAUGUAGCUGAAUUGAAAUGUUUAGUGAAUAUAAAAAUGUAUUCUAUUGCUAACAGUUAGCUAUCAAGAUCGAGGUUCUUCCAUUUUUCAUGACAUAUUGUCGCUCUUGCUUCAGGUGACGCUCGGAUCCACCUCUAUGCGGACGACACCAUUUUGUAUACAUCUGGCCCUUCAUUGGACACUGUGUUAACAAACCUCAAACGAGCUUCAAUUCCAUACAACACUCCUUCAGUAGCCUCCAACUGCUCUUAAACACUAGUAAAACUAAAUGCAUGCUCUUCAAUCGAACGCUGCUUGCACCCGCCCACCCGACUAGAAUCACCACUCUCGACGGGUCUGACCUAGAGUAUGUGGACAACUACAAAUAUCUAGGUGUCUGGUUAGACUGUAAACUCAACUUCCAGACUCACAUAAAGAAUCUCCAAUCCAAAGUUAAAUCUAGAAUCGGCUUCCUAUUUCGCAACAAAGCCUCCUUCACUCAUGCUGCCAAACAUGCCCUCGUAAAACUGACUAUCCUACCGAUCCUUGACUUCGGCGAUGUCAUUUACAAAAUAGCCUCCAACACUCUACUCAGCAAAUUGGAUGUAGUCUAUCACAGUGCCAUCCGUUUUGUCUCCAAAGCCCCAUAUAAUACCCACCACUGUGACCUGUACGCUCUUGUUGGCUGGUCCUCACUACAUGUUCGUCGUCAAACCCACUGGCUCCAGGCCAUCUAUAAAUCACUGCUAGGCAAAUCCCCGCCUUAUCUUAGCUCAUUGGUCACCAUAGCAACACCCACCCGUAGUCUGCGCUCCAGCAGGUAUAUCUCACUGGUCAUCCCCAAAGCCAACACCUCCUUUGGCCGCAAUUCCUUCCAGUUCUCUGCUGCCAAUGACUGGAACGAAUUGCAAAAAUCUCUGAAGCUGGAGACUCUUAUCUCCCUCACUAACUUUAAGCAUCAGUUGUCAGAGCACCUUACCGAUCACUGCACCUGUACACAGCCCAUCUGAAAUUAGCCCGCCCAACUACCUCAUCCCUAUAUUGUUAUUUAUUUUGCUCAUUUGCACCCCAGUAUCUCUAUUUGCACAUCAUCUCUGCACAUCUAUCAUUCCAGUGUUAAUACAAAAUUGUAAUUAUUUUGUACUAUGGCCUAUUUAUUGCCUUACCUCCAUAACUUGCUACAUUUGAACACACUGUCUAUAUAUUUUCUGUUGUAUUUUUUUGACUUUAUGUAUUUUUUUACCCCAUAUGUAACUCUGUGUUGUUGUUUUUAUCGCACUGCUUUGCUUUAUCUUGGCCAGGUCGCAGUUGUAAAUGAGAACUUGUUCUCAACUGGCUUACCUGGUUAAAUAAAGGUGAAAUAAAAUUUAAAAUAAACAUUGUUUCUCUGUCUCUGUCUCUCCAUCUAGCCCUCGGGGUGUUCAGCGUCCUCGGCCGUCCCUGUCCCUGUCCUACCCUACAGACAUCCUGGUGGAGAAGCUGACAGGAGACAACCAGGUCCCAUCCCACCUGUCCCUGUCCCCAGCCCUGUCCCUCCUUUCUGGGCUCAGGGGACACCAGCUGCUGGGGUUCUUCCACACAAACAUUGCGGAGGUAGAGGGAGAGAGACACGUGCACACACACACACACACACACACACACACACACACACACACACACACACACACACACACACACACACACAGCUGUAUGCACGCAACACACACACACACACACACACACACACACACACACAGCUGUAUGCACGCAACACACACACACACACAAACAGACACACACAGGCACAAAAAUUGAUCGCCGGAAAACGUGACUGGUAAGAUUUAAAUUUACCAGACAUUUUAGAAGUUUACUUGAUAUCCAUAUGCAUUGGGUGCGUAACCUGAUUAGGGUAACCGCCCACGGUGCUCAGAAUGACAGAAAUCACAUUUAGAUUAGCUAUGGUCAUUCAUAUUAACAGGAAUUAGCCGGUAAAGUUCUUCUACCGACAGGUUUUAUUGAAAAGCUUGUCUUCCUCCCUGCUAUAAAUUAUCAAUGUAGAUCUUUAAAAAAAAAAAUUAACUAAACAUUCAGUCUAGAAGAACAAGUCUCCUACACAGUGAUAAAACAGUAAUAAAAAAUAAUCUAAUUUGCAAACGACCUGUCCUAUAGGCUAUUUAAAGAGGUGUGUCUGUGUGUGCCGGAAGCUGCUGGAGGAAGUGACACUUAACGAGCCUCGCUGGCGAUGUGUGAUGUCAUCAUGGGCUGCUGAGCAACUCUGCUGUCCUCAGAACUGGAUAUUUAUUAAAGGGCAAUUCUGGCACUUUUCAACCUCAUUCAUUAUCUCCAUUCACCAAACCAGUGUCUACAUACAGUGCAUUCAGAAAGUAUUCAGACAACUUGACCCUUUUCAACAUUUUGUUACGUUACAGCCUUAUUCUAAAAUUGAUUAAAUAAAUCAUUUUCUUUAUCAAUCUGCACACAAUACCCCAUAAUGAUAAAGCGAAACAGGUUUUUAUAUAUUUUUGCUAAUUUAUAAAAAAUAAAAAAUAAAAAUACUUUAUUUACAUAAGCAUUCAGACUCUUUGCUAUGAGACUCGAAAUUGAGCUCCGGUGCAUCCUGUUUCCAUUGACCAUCCUUGAGAUGUUUCUACAACUUGAUUGGAGUCCACAUGUGGUAAAUUCAAUUGAUUGGACAUGAUUUGGAAAGGCACACACCUGUCUAUAUAAGGUCCCACAGUUGACAGUUCAUGUCAGAGCAAAAACCAAGCCAUGAGGUCAAAGGAAUUGUCCGUAGAGCUCCGAGACAGGAUUGUGUCGAGGCACAGAUCUGGGGAAGGGUACCAAAAAAUGUCUGCAGCAUUGAAGGUCCCCAAGAACACAGGGGCCUCCAUCAUUCUUAAAUGGAAGAAGUUUGGAACCACCAAGACUCUUCCUAGAGCUGGCCGCCCGGCCAAACUGAGCAAUCGGGGGAGAAGGGCCUUGGUCAGGGAGGUGACCAAGAACCCGAUGGUCACUCUGACAGAGCUCCAGAGUUCCUCUGUGGAGAUGGGAGAACCUUCCAGAAGGACAACCAUCUCUGCAGCACUCCACCAAUCAGGCCUUUAUGGUAAAGUGGCCAGACGGAAGCCACUCCUCAGUAAAAGGCACAUGACAGCCCGCUUGGAGUUUGCCGAAGGGCACCUAAAGGACUCUCAGACCAUGAGAAACAAGAUUGAACUCUUUGGCCUGAAUGCCAAGCAUCACGUCUGGAGGAAACCUGGCACCAUCCCUACGGUGAAGCAUGGUGGUGGCAGCAUCAUGCUGUGGGGAUGUUUUUCAGCAGCAGGGACUGGGAGACUAGUCUGGAUUGAGGGAAAGAUGAACGGAGCAAAGUACAGAGAGAUCCUUGAUGAAAACCUGCUCCAGAGUGCUCAGGACCUCAGACUGGGGCGAAGGUUCACCUUCCAACAGGACAACAACCCUAAGCACACAGCCAAGACAACGCAGGAGUGGCUUCGGGACAAGUCUCUGAAUGUCCUUGAGUGGCCCAGCCAGAGCCUGGACUUGAACCCGAUCAAACAUCUCUGGAGAGACCUGAAAAUAGCUGUGCAGCGACGCUCCCCAUCCAACCUGACAGAGCUUGAGAGGAUCUGCAGAGAAGAAUGGGAGAAACUCCCCAAAUACAGGUGUGCCAAGCUUGUAGCGUCAUACCCAAGAAGACUCGAGGCUGUAAUCGCUGCCAAAGGUGGUGUGUGCCUGUGAUGUCUGAGAUGUUUAAAGGAGAUGGUGUGCACCUGUGAUGUUUAAAGGGGAUGGUGUGUGCCUGUGAUGUCUAUGAGAUGUUUAAAGGGGAUGGUGUGUGCCUGUGAUGUCUGAGAUGUUUAAAGGGGAUGGUGUGUGCCUGUGAUGUCUAUGAGAUGUUUAAAGGGGAUGGUGUGCACCUGUGAUGUCUGAGAUGUUUAAAGGGGAUGGUGUGUGCCUGUGAUGUCUAUGAGAUGUUUAAAGGGGAUGGUGUGUGCCUGUGAUGUCUGAGAUGUUUAAAGGGGAUGGUGUGUGCCUGUGAUGUCUAUGAGAUGUUUUAAAGGGGGAUGGUGUGCGCCUUGUGAGUGUCUGAGAUGUUUAAAGGUUGAUCGGUGUGCACCCUGUGAUGUUUAAAGGGAUGUGUGUGCCUGUGAUGUCUAUGAGAUGUUUUUAAGGGGAUUGAUGUGGUGCCUGUGAUUGUCUAUGAGAUGUUUAAAGGGGAUGGUGUGUAUUCCUGGAGAUGUCUAUGAGAUGUUUUAAGGGGAUGGUGGCGGCCUGUGAUGUCUGAGAGUUUUUAAAGGGGAUGGUGUGCACCUGUGAUGUUAAAAGGGGGGGGGAUGGUGUGUGCCUUGUGUGUGAUGUCUAGAGAUGUUUUAAAGGGGAUGGGUUGUGCCUGUGUGUCUGGACGUUUAAAGGGGUGGUGUGUGCUGUGUGUGAUGUAGAGAUGUUUCAAGGGGUGGCGUGUGCCUGUGAUGUCUAGGAGUGUUUACCAGGGGAGAUGGUGUGUGCAUGUUGAUGUCUAUGAGAUGUUUAAAGGGAUGGGUGUGUGCCUGGGAUGCUAUGAGAUGUUAAAGGGGAAUGGUGUUUUUUUUUAUGUUGCCUGUGGAUGUCUGAGAUGUUUUAAAGGGGGAGAUGUUGUGUGUGGCCGUAUGUCUGAGAGGUUUUUAAAGGGAUGGUGGUGGCCUGGGUGUGAUGUCUAUGAGGAUGUUUAAAGGGGAUGGUUGUGUGCGUCUGAUGGUCUGAGAUGUUUAAAGGGGAUGGUGUGGGGCUGUGUGAUGUCUAUAGAUGUUUAGGGAUGGGUGUGUGCAUGUGAGGUCUGAGAGGUGUUAAAGGGAUGGUGUGUGUUGCCUGUGAUUGUCGAGAUGUUAAAGGGGAUGGUUGUGUGCAUGUGAGUUGUCUGAGAUGUUUUUUAAAGGGGAGAUGGUUGUGUGCCUGUGAUGUAUGAGAGAGAUGUUUAGGGGGUGGUGUGAGCUGUGUGUCUGAGAUGUUUAAAAGGGGAUGGUGUGAUGCCUGUGAUGUCUAUGAGAUUGUUAAAGCGGGAUGGUGUGUGCCUGUGAUGUAUGAGAUGUUUAAAGGGAGAGAUGGUGUGUGCCUGUGAUGUUAUUGAGUGUUUUAAAGGGGGAUUGUGUGCAACUGUGAUGUCUGAGAUGUUUAAGGGAUGGUGUGCACCUCUGUGAUGUUUUAAAGGGGGAGGUGUGUGCCUGUGAGUCUAUGAGAGUUUUUAAAAUGGGAUCGGUGUGUCCUGUGGAUUCUAUGAGAUGUUUAAAGGGGCUGGUGUGUCCUGUGAUGUCUCUGAAGAUGUUUAAAGGGGAUGGUGUGCGCCGUGUGAUUUGAGAUGUUUAAGGGAUGGUGUGCACCUGUGAUGUUUAAAGGGGCUGGUGUGUGCCUGGAUGUCUAUGAGCUGUUAAAGGGGGAUGGUGUGCGCAGUGGCUGUGAUGUCUGAGAUGUUAAAGGGGAUGGUGUGUGCCUGUGAUGUCUAUAGAUGUUUGUUUAAAGGGGAUGGUGUGUGUGCCUGUGAUGUCUGAGAUGUUUAAAGGGAUGGUGUGUGCCUGUGAUUGGUUAUGAGAUGUUUAAAGGGGAUGGGUGCACUGUGAUGUCUGAGAUGUUUAAUUAAAGGGGAUGGUGGGCACCUGUGAUUGUUUAAAGGGGCUGUGUGUGCCUGUGAUGUAUGAGAUGUUUAAAGGGAUGGUGGGUGCCUGUGAUGUCUAUGAGAUGUUUAAAGGGGAUGGUUGUGUGCAUGUGCCUGUCUAUGAGAUGUUUUUAACGGGGAUGGUGUGCGGCCUGUGAUGUUCUGGAGGAUGUUUAAAGGGGAUGGUGGCACUGUGAUGUUUAAAGGGGAAUGGUGUGUGCCUCUGUGAUUCUAGGAAUGUUUUAAACGGGGAUGGUGUGGCCUGUGAUGUCUAUGAGAUGUUUAAAGGGGAUGGUGUGUGCCUGUGAUGUUGAGCUGUUUACGGGGAUGGAGUGUGCUGUGAUGUCUGAGAUGUUUUUUAAAGGGGAUGGGGUGUGCCGCCUCUUGAUUGUCUACUAUGAGAUGUUUUUAAAGGGGAUGGUGUGUGCCCCUGGAGUCUGAGAUGUUUUUUAAAGGGGAUGGUGGGUGCUGUGAGUGAGAUGGUUUUUAAAGGGGGAUGGAUGUGUGCUUGUGAGGUCUAUGAGAUGUUUACAUUAAAGGGGGAUUGGGUGUGCGGUGAUGUUGAGAUGUUAACGGGGUGGGAAUGUCGGUGCCUGUGAGUCUGGAUGUUUAAAGGGGAUGGGUGUGCCGGUGAUGUUGAGAUAGUAAAGGGGAUGGUUGUGUGUGCCUGUGAUGGUCUGAGAUGUUAAAAGGAUGGUGAAGCCUGUGUUGAUAUCUAUGAGAGGUUUAAAGGGGGAUGGUCUUGUGUGCCGUGAUGCUAUGAGAGGUUUAAAGGGCUGUGUGGCGAUGUGAGUCUAGAGUGUUUUAAAGGGGAUGGUGUGGGCCCUGUGAUGUCUAUGAUGAUUUAAAGGGGAUGGUGUGCUUGCCUUUGUUUUUUUUUUUCUUGCUGUCUAUGAGAUGUUUAAAGGGGAGGGGGUGCACCUUGUGAUGUCUAUGAGAUGUUGAAAGGGGAUGGUGUGUGCCUGUGAUGGUCUGAGAUGUUUAAAGGGGAUGGCUUGUGUGCCUGUGCUGUUAUGAGAUUGUUUUUAAAGGGGUGGUUGCUUGGGUGCCUGUAUGUCUAUUGAGAGGGUUUAAUUUAAGGGGAUGGUGUGUGCCUGUGGAUGUCUAUGAGAUGUUUAAAGGGGGGAUUGGUGUGUGCCUGUGAUGUCUAUGAGGUGUUUAAAGGGGAUGGUUGUAGUGCCUGUGAUGUCGAGCUGUUUAAAGGGGAUGGUGUGUGCCUGUGAUGUCUGAGAUGUUUAAAGGGGAGGAUGGUGUGCGCAUCCUGUGAUGUCUGAAUGUUUAAGUAGGGGAUGGCUGUGUGUGCGCUUGUUGAUGCGAAGUUUAGAUUGUUAACGGGCGAGUUGGUGUGUUGCUGUGAUGUCUUAUGAGAUGUUUAAAGGGGAGGGUGUUGCCUGGCUGUCUAUGAGCUGUUAAAGGAAUGGUUGUGUGACUUGUGCAUGUCUAUAGAGUUUAAGGGGAUGGUGUGUGCAUGUGAUGUCUAUGAGAUGUUUUUAAAGGGGAUGGUUGUGUGCUUUGGGAUGUUUAUGCAUGUUUAAAAGGGGAUGCGGGUGUGCUGUGAUGUCUAUGAUCUGUUUAAAGGGGGCGGAUGGUGUGCACCGGUGAUGUCUCUGAGAUGUUAAAGGGGAGAUGGUGUGGCACCUGUUGAUGUUUAAAGGGGAUGGGUGUGGGUUGUAAUGUUGCCUGUGAUGUCUAUGAGAUGUUUUAAAGGGGAUGUGUGUGCCUGGAUGUCUUGAGAUGUUUUUUUUAAAGGGGAUGGUGUGUGUGCCUUGUGAUGUCUAUUGAGAUGUUUAAAGGGGAUGAGGUGUGUGCAGGUGAUGUCCUGAGAUGUUUAAGGGGAUGGUGUUGCACCUGUGAUGUCUGAGAUGUUUCAAGGGGAUGGGUGCACCUGUGAGGUUUAAAAGGGGAUGGUGUUGCCUGUGAUGUUCUAUGAGAUGUUAAUUUAAAGGGGAGGUGUGCAUGUGAUUGUGAUGUCUGAAUGGUUUAAAGGGGAUGGGUGACUGUGAUGUUUCAGGGGGAUGGGUGUGCCGGUUGAUGUCUAGAGAGAUGUUUUAAAGGGGGAGGAUGGUGUGUGCUGUGAGUACUAUGAGGUUUAAAGGGGAUGGUGUGUGCUGUUAGUCUGAGAUGUUUAAAGGGGAUGGAUGUGUGCCUGUGAUUCUAUGAGAUGUUUAAAGGAAUGAUGUGUGCCGUGCUGUCUGAGAUGUUUAAAGGGGAGUGGUGUUGCACCGGUGAGUCUGAGUCGUUUAAAGGGGGUGGUGGUGUGCCACGGAUGUUUAAAGGGAUGUGUGUGCCUGUGUGUGAGAUGUUUAAAGGGAUGGGUGGCCGGUGAUGUCUCUGAGAUGUUUUUUAAAGGGGAUGUGUUGCGCCCGGUUAUGUCAUGAGUGUUUAAGGGGGAUGGGUGUGCCUGUGUGAUUCUGGAAGAUGUUUAAAGGGGUGUGGAUGGUGUGCACUGUGAUGUUUAAAGGGGGAUGGUGUCUGCCUGUGAGGUCAUGAGAUGUUUAAUGGGAUGGGUGUGCCUGGGAUGUCUAUGAGAUGUUUAAAGGGGAUGGUGUGUGCCUGUGAUGUCUUGAGAUGUUUCUAAAGGGAAGGGGAUGGGGGGGCUGUGAGGUCGAGAUGGUGUUAAAGGGGGAUGUAAAAGGGGAUGGCCUGUGUGUGUUUCCAUCAGGAAGAGGAGGAGGAGCUACAGCACAUCCUGUGGUCAUCGGUGGUUUUUUAUAAGUCACCUGACGUCGAGGCCACUUCCUGUGUCAUGCUCUCUACCAAAGCCCUCUACUUCCUGCUGGACGACUCGCCUCACGCUAAAAGACCAAUACGUAGACACAAGCACACUGAAGGCAGCUACGCUUAGUGACAGGACACCCUGCAAGGCAGAGCUAGAUCUAGUGACCAGACACAAUUGAAAGGCAGCUACGCUUCGUGACCAGCCACACUGGCAAGCAGCUACGCUUAGUGACCAGACACACUGCAAGGCAGCUACGCUUAGUGACCAGACACACUGCAAGGCAGCUACGCUUAGUGACCAGACACACGGCAAGGCAGCUACGCUUAGUGACCAGACACAACUGCAAGGCAGCUACGCUUAGUGACCAGACACACUGCAAGGCAGCUACGCUUAGUGACCAGACACACUGCAAGGCAGCUACGCUUAGUGACCAGACACACUGCAAGGCAGCUACGCUUAGUGACCAGACACACUGCAAGGCAGCUACGCUUAGUGACCAGACACACUGCAAGGCAGCUACGCUUAGUGACCAGACACACUGCAAGGCAGCUACGCUUAGUGACCAGACACACUGCAAGGCAGCUACGCUUAGUGACCAGACACACUGCAAGGCAGCUACGCUUAGUGACCAGACACACUGCAAGGCAGCUACGCUUAGUGACCAGACACAUAAGAAAAUAAUCUAUCACAGAAUCUAGUUCAAAAGAGCUGCAUGAGUUUGAGGGAGAGCUGGUCAGUGACUAUGUUUACAUGCACACUAAUAACUCCAUAUUAAACUGAUUAUGGUAGUAGGCCGAGUAGGCAUUAGUCAUGUAGAUACCUUACUCUGCUCAUCUGUUACAAUUGUAGGAAUGUGUGUUGUCUUUAUACUGUGGGUCUGUAGUAAUGUGUGUUGUCUUUAUACUGUAGUACUGUGGGUCUGUAGUAAUGUGUGUUGUCUUUAUACUGUGGGUCUGUAGUAAUGUGUGUUGUCUUUAUACUGUGGGUCUGUAGUAAUGUGUGUUGUCUGUAGUAAUGUGUGUUGUCUUUAUACUGUGGGUCUGUAGUAAUGUGUGUUGUCUUUAUACUGUGGGUCUGUAGUAAUGUGUGUUGUCUGUAGUAAUGUGUGUCUGUAGUAAUGUGUGUUGUCUUUAUACUGUGGGUCUGUAGAAAUGUGUGUUGUCUUUAUAAUGUAGUACUGUAGAAAUGUGUGUUGUCUUUAUACUGUGGGGUCUGUAGAAAUGUGUGUUGUCUUUAUACUGUGGGUCUGUAGAAAUGUUGUGUUGUCUUUAUACUGUAUGUUACUGUAUGGUUGUCUUUAUACUGUGGGUUCUGUAGAAAUGUGUGUUGUCUUUAUACUGUGGGUCUGUAGAAAUGUGUGUUGUCUUUAUACUGUGGGUCUGUAGAAAUGUGUGUUGUCUUUAUACUGUAGUACUGUAUGUUGUCUUUAUACUGUGGGUCUGUAGAAAUGUGUGUUGUCUUUAUACUGUGGGUCUGUAGAAAUGUGUGUUGUCUUUAUACUGUGGGUCUGUAGAAAUGUGUGUUGUCUUUAUACUGUGGGUCUGUAGAAAUGUGUGUUGUCUUUAUACUGUGGGUCUGUAGAAAUGUGUGUUGUCUUUAUACUGUGGGUCUGUAGAAAUGUGUGUUGUCUUUAUACUGUGGGUCUGUAGAAAUGUGUGUUGUCUUUAUAAUGUAGUACUGUGGUUCUGUACAUUUACAUUUUAGUCAUUUAGCAGACGCUCUUAUCCAGAGCGACUUACAGUUAAGUGAGUGCAUACAUUUUCAUACUGCCCCCCCCGUGGGAAUCGAACCCACAACCCUGGCGUUGCAAACUCCACGCUCUACCAACUGAGCUACAUCCCCAGGGUCUGAAUGGAGUCUUAGGUUAAUAUCCAGUAUAUACAAUACAAUUAAAAGGGGCAAGAUUUUCUAACAAUUGGCUAAUGUAAUAAAAUGAAUGUAAAUAUACAAUAUGUAAAUAUACAAUAGUUUUUCAAAGAAAUAACAAGUGUAACAUUGAAUGGAGUCUUUAGCUUCAAAGUACAAUAAAAUAUUAAGAGUGUGCUUUCAAAGUGAGUUUACAACUUCAACAUGCACAACAUCGAUAUUUCAUGAACAUGACAUGAACGUUUCAUGGUUUAAAUAUACAGAGACACACCAGACAACUACAAACACAUCAGCUACUGGACAGAGUAUACAGAACGGAUGAUUAUCAUGUAUACUCUGUCCAGCAGCUGUGAGAGCUGACAGUUUCUCAGGCUGUGUUCACAUCGGAAAAAGCAGAGGUUGACUGUGGGGCUACGAUUUAAACACAAUCCCCAUUUUGACCUUGAGCUUGGGUCCAGCAACCAAACGUCUAGAAGUGAACCUGAAGGACUAGGCUGCCACGCAUCUGUACCCAGACAGCCCCCGAGACAAAGUAGUUCCAGUGCUCUCUCUCUCCAGGUCUCCGCCCCCACUGUUUCUCCCUUGACCUCUACUGUGUAGCUAAUUUUCCCCCAACAUCGGACACCCCCUAACUAUGAACACCCCCUAACUAUGGACACCCCCUAACUAUGGACACUCUCUAGCGGUUGGAGGACUAAAUCACCUCGAGCUCAACAUUUAAAAGUAGUGUAGUAGUGCACUGUAGUAAUGUGUUGUUUUUAUACUGUGGGUCUGUAGUAAUGUGUUGUUUUUAUACUGUGGGUCUGUAGUAAUGUUUUUUUUUUUUACUGUAGUACUGUGGAUCUGUAGUAAUGUGUGUUGUCUUUAUACUGUGGGUCUGUAGUAAUGUGUGUUGUCUUUAUACUGUGGGUCUGUAGAAAUGUGUGUUGUCUUUAUACUGUGGGUCUGUAAUAAUGUGUGCUGUCUUUAUACUGUGGGUCUGUAGAAAUGUGUGUUGUCUUUAUACUGUGGGUCUGUAAUAAUGUGUGUUGUCUGUAGUAAUGUGUGUUGUCUUUAUACUGUGGGUCUGUAGUAAUGUGUGUUGUCUUUAUACUGUAGUACUUUGGGUCUGUAUUAAUGUGUGUUGUCUUUAUAUUGUGGGUCUGUAAUAAUGUGUGUUGUCUUUAUACUGUGGGUCUGUAGUAAUGUGUGUUGUCUUUAUACUGUAGUACUUUGGGUCUGUAUUAAUGUGUGUUGUCUUUAUAUUGUGGGUCUGUAGUAAUGUGUGUUGUCUUUAUACUGUGGGUCUGUAGUAAUGUGUGUUGUCUUUAUACUGUAGUACUGUGGGUCUGUAGUAAUGUGUGUUGUCUUUAUACUGUGGGUCUGUAAUAAUGUGUGUUGUCUUUAUACUGUGGGUCUGUAGUAAUGUGUGUUGUCUUUAUACUUCAGUACUGUGGGUCUGUAAUAAUGUGUGUUGUCUUUAUACUGUGGAUCUGUAGUAAUGUGUGUUGUCUUUAUACUGUGGAUCUGUAGUAAUGUGUGUUGUCUUUAUACUGUGGGUCUGUAGUAAUGUGUGUUGUCUUUAUACUGUGGGUCUGUAGUAAUGUGUGUUGUCUUUAUACUGUGGGUCUGUAAUAAUGUGUGUUGUCUUUAUACUGUGGGUCUGUAGUAAUGUGUGUUGUCUUUAUACUGUGGGUCUGUAGUAAUGUGUGUUGUCUUUAUACUGUGGGUCUGUAGUAAUGUGUGUUGUCUUUAUACUGUGGGUCUGUAGUAAUGUGUGUGUCUUUAUACUGUGGGUCUGUAGUAAUGUGUGUUGUCUUUAUACUGUGGGUCUGUAGUAAUGUGUGUUGUCUUUAUACUGUAGUACUGUGGGUCUGUAGUAAUGUGUGUUGUGUUCUUUAUACUGUGGGUCUGUAGUAAGUUGUGUUGUCUUUAAUACUGUAUGUGGGUCUGUAAUAAGUGUGUUGGUCUUCAUAACGGUGGGUCUGUAUAAUGUUGUUUGUCUUUAUACCGUGGGUCUGUAGUAAAAAUGUGUGGUUUGUACUUUAUACUACUGCAGUAAUGUGGGUUCUGUAGUAAGGUGUGUUGUCUUUAUACUGGUGUACUGUGGGUCCUGUAGUAAUGUGUGUUUGUCUUUAUACUGUAGUGUGGUCUGUAGUAAAUGUGUGUUUGUCUUAUCAUACUGUGGGAUCCUGUAGUAAGGUGUGUUGUCUUUAUCUGCAGUACUGUGGGAUCGGUAGUGAAGUGUGUUGUUCUUUAUACUGUGGGUCUGUAGUAAAUGUGUGUUGUCUUUAAUAACGCUGUGGUCUGUAGUAAUGUGUGUUGUCCUUUAAUAACUGUGGGGUCUGUAGUAAGGUGUGGUUUGUCUUUAUACUGCAGUACUGUGGGUCUGUAGUAAUGUGUGUUGUCUUUAUACUGGUGGGUCGGUAGUAAUGUGUGUUGUCUUUUAUACUGUGGUUCUGUAGUAAUGGUGUGUUGUCUUUAUACGUGGGUCUGUAGUAAUGUGUGUUGUCUUUAUACUGCAGUACUGUGGGUCUGUAGUAAUGUGUGUUGUCUUUAUACUGCAGUACUGUGGGUCUGUAGUAAUGUGUGUUGUCUUUAUACUGCAGUACUGUGGGUCUGUAGUAAUGUGUGUUGUCUUUAUACUGUGGGUCUGUAGUAAUGUGUGUUGUCUUUAUACUGUGGGUCUGUAGUAAUGUGUGUUGUCUUUAUACUGUGGGUCUGUAGUAAUGUGUGUUGUCUUUAUACUGGUGGGUCUGUAGUAAUGGUGUGUUUGUCCUUUAUACUGCAGUAUGUGGGUCUGUAGUAAUGUGUGUUGUCUUUAUACUGUGGGUCUGUAGUAAUGUGUGUUGUCUUUAUACUGUAGUACUGUGGGUCUGUAGUAAUGUGUGUUGUCUUUAUACUGUGGGUCUGUAGUAAUGUGUGUUGUCUUUAUACUGCAGUACUGUGGGUCUGUAGUAAUGUGUGUUGUCUUUAUACUGCAGUACUGUGGGUCUGUAGUAAUGUGUGUUGUCUUUAUACUGUGGGUCUGUAGUAAUGUGUGUUGUCUUUAUACUGCAGUACUGUGGGACUGGAGCCACUCUGAGCAUCAGGACCCAGAGCUGAUCAUGUCUUACUGUUUCACCAUGAAGCUCAACGACCUCCAGUCUGUCAACGUGGGCCUGUUCGACCAGUACUUCAGGGUGGUGGGUGAGUAGGGAGGGAGGGAGAAUGAAUGAAUGAAUAAAUGAAUGAAUGAAUGGUCAUGAAUGUAUGACUACAGUGUCACAGAGAGGAGUCGGAUCAGGAUGUUAAGGACAUAGUGUAAAGUGUUACCUGAAUUCAUAAAAAUCACAAUCCCAGAUCAUUUCUGAUGUGAUGAUGACCUAGUGUGACCUGAUAAUAAAUACUGAACAAAAAUAUAAACGCAACAAUUUCAAAGAUUUUACUGAGUUACAGUUAAUAUAUUAGGAAAUCAGUCAAUUGAAAUAAAUAAAUUAGGCCCUAAUCUAUGGGUUUCACAUGACUGGGAGUACAGAUAUGCAUCUGUUGGUCACAGAUACCUUUAAAAAAAGGUAGGGGCGUGGAUCAGAAAACCAGUCAGUAUCUGGUGUGACCAGCAUUUGCCUCAUGCAGCGCGACACAUCUCCUUCGCAUAGAGUUGAUCAGGCUGUUGAUUGGGCUUGUGGAAUUGAUGGAUGUUGGCGGAAAAAGGAACACGCUGUCGUACACGUCGAUCCAGAGCAUCCCAAGCAGGCUCAAUGGGUGACAUGUCUGGUGAGUAUGUAGGUCAUGGAAGAACUGGGACAUUUUCAGCUUCCAGAAAUUGUGUACAGAUCCUUGUGACACGGGGCUGUGCAUUAUCAUGCUGAAACAUGAGGUGAUGGCAGCAGAUGAAUGGCACGACAAUGGGCCUCAGGAUCUCAUUCAAAUUGCCAUCGAUAAAAUGCAAUUGUGACGUACUGCCAAAUUCUCUAAAACAAAGUUGGAGGUGGCUUAUGGUAGAGAAUUGAACAUUAAAUUCUCUGGCAACAGCUCUGGUGGACAUUCCUGCAGUCAGCAUGCCAAUUGCACGCUCCCUCAAAACUUGAGACAUCUGUGGCAUUGUGUUGUGUGGCAAAACUGCACAUUUUAGAGUGGCCUUUUCUUUUCCCAAGCACAAGGUGCACCUGUGUAAUGAUCAUGCUGUUUAAUCAGCUUCUUGAUAUGCCACACCUGUCUGGUGGGUGGGUUAUCUUGGCAAAGGAGAAAUGCUCACUAACAGGGAUGUAAACAAAUUUGUGCGCAACAUUUGAGAGAAAUAAGCUUUUUGUGCAUAUGGAAAAUAUCUGGGAUCUUUUAUUUCAGCUCAUGAAACAUGGGACCAACACUUUACAUGUUGCGUUUAUAUUUUUGUUCAGUGUUGUAUGUUAAUUGUGUUGUCUGGGCUGGGCUGGCUGCUGGGCUGGCUACUGGACUGGGCUGGCUGCUGAACUGGGCUGGCUGCUGGGCUGGCUGCUGGACUGGGCUGGCUGCUGGGCUGGCUGCUGGGCUGGCUGCUGGACUGGCUGGCUGCUGGAUGGCUGCUAGACUGGGCUGGCUGCUGGACUGGGAUGGCUGCUGGACUGGGAUGGCUGCUGGACUGGGAGGCUGCUGGACUGGGAUGGCUGCUGGACUGGGUCUGGGUCUGGUUGUAAUGUGUUGUGUGUUAUUUGUCUCCAGGACCGUCAGCAGAUCACAUCAUCUGCUGUCUGACGAGGGACAGUUACGGGACACACCGCUUCCUGCAGCAGCUGAUGACGGUCCUCUCUCUACAGGACAAACUACCCUCUCCUGAACCCUCCGAACAAGACUUCUACACACAGUUUGGAAAAAAAUCCACAGGUAUUCAUAAAAUUUAAUAUUUUUAAGUUUUCAGCAGUAAAAUGCCCUUGUGGAGAUAUGAGAGGAUUGGCCAGGUUUAAGAAACAGAUCUCCACAAUAACAUGGGUAGGAUCUAGGGGUUCCAUUUGUGAUUAAGAAUAAAUGAGUCCUGUCUGUCCCACUGUGUUGACGUGUCAAACUAAAUGAGUCCUGUCUGUCCCACUGUGUUGACGUGUCAAACUAAAUGAGUCCUGUCUGUCCCACUGUGUUGACGUGUCAAACUAAAUGAGUCCUGUCUGUCCCACUGUGUUGACGUGUCAAACUAAAUGAGUCCUGUCUGUCCCACUGUGUUGACGUGUCAAACUAAAUGAGUCCUGUCUGUCCCACUGUGUUGACGUGUCAAACUAAAUGAGUCCUGUCUGUCCCACUGUGUUGACGUGUCAAACUAAAUGAGUCCUGUCUGUCCCACUGUGUUGACGUGUCAAACUAAAUGAGUCCUGUCUGUCCCACUGUGUUGACGUGUCAAACUAAAUGAGUCCUGUCUGUCCCACUGUGUUGACGUGUCAAACUAAAUGAGUCCUGUCUGUCCCACUGUGUUGACGUGUCAAACUAAAUGAGUCCUGUCUGUCCCACUGUGUUGACGUGUCAAACUAAAUGAGUCCUGUCUGUCCCACUGUGUUGACGUGUCAAACUAAAUGAGUCCUGUUAGUCUCUCAGGGAAGAUGCAGAACUAUGAACUGGUCCACUCUAGCAGGGUAAAGUUCAUCUACCCCAGUGAAGAGGAGAUUGGAGACCUGACCUUCAUCGUAGCCGAGAGGAAAGGUUAUACUGGGGCGUCCUCCUGUAAUAUCCUGCUCUAUGUACUGGUGUUCCAGGUGCAGACCCAGGGGCCAGGUGGCUCACAGGGCCUCCGUGUGCUCCCACAGACCCAGGGGCCAGGUGGCUCACAGGGCCUCAAUGUGCUCCCACAGACCCAGGCCCCAGCUGCAGGCAGACAGACUUCCGCUGGGGGUCUGCAGGGGGACAGAAAGUCUCUCCACCACCUCCGCCCCCAGAGCCCGGUCUCUGCUAGCCAGCCCCGUCUUCACCCCCAGGCUCCAGCCCAAGUCCCCUCCAUCGGGCCCCACAUCCCCCAGCAGAGCCUCCCUCCCCAGGCCCCGGACCCCUCCACCCCCAGUCCUGUCCUCCAUCCUAAGACCCUGAUCCUGACCAGUACAGACGUCUUCCUGCUGGAUGAGGAUUACAUCAGCUACCCGCUGCCGGACUUUGCCAAGGAGCCCCCUCCCCGAGACAAGUACCAACUGACCGACGCUCGACGAAUAAGAGACCUGGAUAGAGUCCUCAUGGGUUACCAGACGUACCCGCAGGCGCUGACGUUAGUCUUCGACGAUGUCCCUGGGCCAGACCUCCUCUGUCAACUCACCAUGGACCACUUUGGAGAAGAGGAGGUGGAAGGAGGAGGGGAGAGGGGGAGAUGUGGUAGUGGGGGAGCAGAGAGCGAGGUGCUGUGGUGUAUCUAUGUUCCCGGAGCGGACAGCAGGGAGAGGCUGAUAUGUCUGUUAGCGAGACAGUGGGAAGUGCUAUGUAGUAGGGAACUGCCUGUAGAACUCACUGGCUGA